AUGCAGCUCAAAUUUUCGUACGCACUCCUGCUGCUGCUAGCACUUUCUACUGUCACAUCAACAGCCAGCAUAAACAAUGGGAAAAUGAAGCAAUCCAGAAAGAAAAAAUUCAUUGCGAUUUACAUAUGCGGAAAUUCGCUGUCGCCCAAUCCCUGCAACUUGGGAGGUGUGAUUGGAUCUCCGUAUGGAUCGCUAUACGGAUCCCCGUAUGGAUCCCCCUAUGGAGGGCUCACAUAUGGAUCUCCCUAUGGCUCUCCCUAUGGAGGCGCGACAAUUGCGUCGCCUUAUGGAUCUUCCUAUGGGGCCUCGUACGGAUCUAUGCUAGGAACGCCCUAUACUUACAAUCCUUAUAGAACUCCUUAUACUACUUUUCACUAUCCAAUUCACUAUCAUUAUUACUGGCCUCAACUCAAUGGUAAACCUCAAGCAACAUCAGGACAACCUUCUCAACAAUGCGUAGGACCAUGUGUGGAUUCUCAAUGUCCAUCCGGAUACGUAUGCACUGAAAACUCUGAAUGCUGCCCACAGAAUGGAAGUGUGCCACCACCAGAGCGAUAG